GCUUGCUUGAUCCCUAUCGCUUGAUGAUGAGUAAAUAACACGAUAACAAACACUGAAGAAGAAAGUAAGGCAGGAUAGGAAGUUUGUCUUAGAUAGAAAUGAGUACUUUAUUAAUAAUUUGUAAAACAUACUAACUUAAAUCAUUGAACAAGUAAAUUUUGAAGUGUUUAGCUUGUAAUGUGUGCUUUUUUUUUAGUUUUUUAGUAAAUAAGGUUAAAAACCAAAGUUAUAAGGGAUCUACUUAAGUGAACGCUCUAAGAGUUUGGAGAAGCAAUCUGCACAAGUUGAACAAACUUUGUUUUAACUAAUUAUUGUCUAUAAAUAGUAUUAUUAGUUACUAUAGUACUGAUUUGAAAUGAACCCGUGCAACAAUGGAAUAUAUCAUGAAAAACAGGUCAGAGAACUAUGUGCACUGCAUGCAUUGAAUAACCUGUUCCAAGAGAAGAAAGCAUUUACCAAGGCAGAGCUAGAUGAUAUCUGUCAGUCGUUGUCCCCUGAUGUGUGGAUCAACCCCCACCGCUCAGUUCUAGGACUUGGAAACUACGACGUGAAUGUCAUCAUGACUGCUCUGCAGCGUAGGGGAUACGAAGCAAUCUGGUUUGAUAAACGCAAAGAUCCCUCCUGUCUACGGCUGGACAGCAUUGCAGGGUUUAUUCUCAAUGUCCCAAGUGAUUAUCGACUGGGAUUCGUUCUUCUCCCUUUGAAGCGUAGACACUGGGUUGCUGUCAGGCAGAUCUCUGGGACAUAUUACAAUCUAGACUCAAAACUGGACAGCCCUCUGGUUAUUGGCCAGGAUCGGGAACUUCUGGAUUACUUACGAGAGCAGCUAGACAGCAAAGAAAAGGAGUUGUUCAUAAUUGUAAGUGCUGAGAAGAGUGAGAAGUGGUUGAAGCAGGAAGAGAGCUCUGCAGAAGAAAUUAUUCCAAGAUAGUACUUCACAAGAAACUCUAAGUUGGCCAGAUAUCCACAGUGAUCCAAACAAUACAACACUGCAGCAGGCUGACCACAACACAAUAGCACCACCUCCUGCCAAGUUAACCACCAGUUGCUGUAACAGAUGAAAAUUCUAAUUUGAGAGAUAUCAUAAUAUUUUCCAGUAACUGGGAUUGGAGAAAAGGGUUUGAUUCAAAAAUUUCUUGUUGCCUUCAAUAUACUUCAUAACAUUUGCAUUCACAAUUAAUUGAGGUCAUGUGAUCUAAAGAUAACUUCAAUUUAAACUGCCCAAUGUCAUGUUUUUAUUUUACAAAGUUUGAGGCAAAUUUUCCAUGUGUUUGAGCAUAGGCGUAACUGGGAUGACCCAAGAGGGUGGUGUUACACCCGAAGGUCUUGAAUACCCCCCAGGGAACCGAGGAAAAUGUUUGAAAAUUAGACCUGUAAACUUGCGUUUUAGGCUAUUUAGAGAUAUCUAUAUUUGGACUUUAUGGACUCUGAAACCGUUCGACAGAUUGUAAUGAAACUUUUAGGCAUUAUUAAGCAUUAUUCAAGGAUGGUUUGUGUAAAGUUUGGUGCAGAUCCGUCAAAAGGGCUCCGCCCCAGUGGCUGUAGAGUUUCCCAUGUUAACCUUAUGAGUACUCAUAUUUAAAUGGAAUUAAAGAAUCUUAACAGCUGUUUUGACUAAACAAUUUAAUUCUAUGAUGAUCGAUAGCAUUAAAAGGUUACAAAAUGUACCAACAGGGUGCAGCACUAUUAAUUGUCUAAAUUUAUGACAACAGUUGCUUUUUUCAACCAAGCAGCUGUGAUACAAAAUUAUAACUGUCAAAGUAGGAUUGUUUACAGUUAUGUUUAUCUAGUAGUUAUGUUAGUUAGUAGUUAUGUUUAUGUUGUAUCAGUUAUGUGGGCAUGUAGGGACAUAAGUCCCUAAAAAGCUCAAAAUGUAAAACAAUUUAUUUUCAUAUUCAAACAAACUAAGAAUUAAAUUAUUUAUUUGUCAAAAUUGAUAUGCCUGUACACUAUAUCUUUGUCUAAAAAGUCUCUUUGCUUUGGUCGUUGUUUAUGAAAUCCACCGUUCGUCCUUUAUGCGUUACAGGCGUUACUAAACGACCAUCCGAUUGUAAUGAAACUUUUGGGAAGUAAAUAAGUACUGAUACAAAAUGAACAGUGUUU